GCGUCUUCAACCGCGCAUGGACGACCACCUCAGCCUCCUGCAAUCACCCCCGCCGAGCGCAACCAAAACCCGGGGCGACAACCUGGUGAACCACGGAUACACCGAGACAGAGGCCGACGUGAUGACGGUGGUGGCGUGUGACAACAUGCUGGAGGAGUCAGCGGCUCUCCCGGGCCACCACUCUCUGGACCGAUACGAACCGGAUCACGAAUGCUGCGAGAGAGUGGUCAUCAACAUCUCAGGGUUACGCUUUGAGACGCAGCUCAAGACUCUGUCACAGUUUCCAGAGACGCUGCUGGGGGACCCCAAGAAGAGGAUGAGGUACUUUGAUCCUCUCAGGAACGAGUACUUUUUCGAUCGGAACCGACCCAGCUUUGAUGCCAUUCUGUAUUACUACCAGUCUGGCGGGCGCAUCAGACGACCCGUAAAUGUGCCCAUUGACAUUUUCUCUGAGGAGAUACGCUUCUAUGAGCUGGGUGAGGAGGCUAUGGAGAAGUUCAGGGAGGAUGAGGGCUUCAUUAAGGAGGAGGAGCGGCCGUUGCCAGAGAAUGAAUUUCAAAGACAGGUGUGGCUGCUUUUUGAAUACCCGGAGAGCUCCGGUCCCGCCCGGGGAAUAGCAAUAGUGUCUGUCCUGGUCAUUCUCAUCUCCAUUGUCAUCUUCUGCUUAGAGACAUUGCCGGAGUUUAGGGACGAUAACAGGGAUCCAACCACCAUCGCGCCUGGGAUAAAUGGCACACUCCCAUAUUUCAUCAGCCCCUUUUCAGACCCGUUCUUUGUGGUGGAGACGUUGUGUAUCAUCUGGUUCUCCUUCGAGCUGCUGGUGCGCUUCUUUGCAUGCCCGAGUAAAGCCACGUUCUCCAAAAACAUCAUGAACAUCAUUGACAUCGUGGCCAUCAUCCCUUAUUUCAUCACCCUGGGCACUGAGCUGGCAGAGAGGCAAGGGAACGGACAGCAGGCCAUGUCAUUAGCAAUUCUGCGCGUAAUUAGGCUUGUCCGGGUGUUUCGCAUCUUCAAACUCUCGCGUCACUCCAAGGGGCUUCAGAUUUUAGGACAGACUUUAAAAGCCAGCAUGCGCGAACUGGGCCUGCUCAUCUUCUUUUUGUUCAUCGGUGUCAUCCUCUUCUCCAGCGCUGUUUACUUUGCCGAGGCAGACGACCCAGAUUCUGGUUUCAACAGCAUCCCGGACGCAUUCUGGUGGGCUGUUGUCACCAUGACUACAGUGGGCUACGGCGACAUGCAUCCCGUGACGAUCGGGGGAAAGAUUGUGGGGUCUCUGUGCGCAAUCGCCGGUGUGCUGACUAUCGCCCUGCCCGUACCCGUCAUCGUCUCCAAUUUCAACUACUUCUACCACCGAGAGACGGAGGGUGAGGAGCAGGCUCAGUACCUGCACGUGGGCAGCUGUCAGCCUCUGGCAGACACGGAGGAGCUGAGGAAGACGCGCUCCUCUUCCUCGCUCAGCAAGAGCGAGUACAUGGUGAUAGAGGAGCACGGCAUCAACAGCGCAUUCAAGCAGCAGCCCAACUUCCCCACCACCACUCAGAACAACUCGCAGAAUUGUGUGAACAUAAACAAAAAGAUUUUCACCGACGUGUAGCCAGUGUUUUUUUUGUUUUUUUAAGAGUCAUGACCCCGAACGCAGGAAGCGGUGAUGUGUCAACACGCAGCUGGUUCUGUCGUUACGCACCAGCGUGUGGAAGCAGCGGUAGAUGGAGAAAGAAAAGGAAUAAACAAAGACGGAGAGGGGGGAGAAGGAAAAGAGAGAGCAAACCCUGUCUGUCCAGAGAAGCUGCUUUGUGCUCCAUUCAGAGAAAUCAGGAUUUUUUUUCCUCUCAUUUCAGUGAUGAUGAAUUCAUAAUUCUGUAUGGUCCCAUUCGCGCUUGCAUGGAGAGAAAGAGCUCCUUAAACUGUUAGGCCUACCAUUCUUCUCUGAGUGAGGGGAUUGACCUGUUGUGCGUCGUGCAAUAGCCAGUAUAUUAUCACAGCAGGUAGAAAUAGAAACUUUAUAACUGUGAAAGAUGAGUGCAAUUGUAUGCUACUCGAAGGACUCACAUUGUAUUAACAUGCGUUAUGAGUCGUGAUCCGUCAGUCAUAGCCUCUGUAUAAUAUUCAGAAUCAUUUAAAUAUGUGUGUGUGUUCAAACACAUGUAAUGUCUGAAAAACACAGUUCAGCAUAUAUUAUCUCAAUUAGACCGUUUUGUGCUAUGCCUUUAUUGUGCGUUAAAGUCUAGUCCAAAUGCUAUUGUCCUACAAUUCCUCGAUAUGGACUGUCCUGGUGGGCUGUUUAAUGCACACAUGCCGCCAUGUAAACACAGGGGCCAGCCGACUGUCAGUGUCUCGUGAUCGGUGCAACACACGGCUCUUUCGCGUACACAAACAGCGAUCAAAGAUGGAGCGUCUUUCUCUUUGGAUGCCUCAAAUAUAGCCCGCUGUGAUGCAGUCUCCAUGGCGACGGUCGUUUCCUCGGUAACCCCUAGUCACCGUUGCCAUGGAACCCUUGUUUCCACAGUAACCUCCCAGAUGGCUUGGAAGCUAUAUUGAAGAUUGAUAUCUAAAUAUCUUGUCCCCCAGUCUCUAAUUUUUGCGUGCGUAAAAUACGAGUCCAAACAUGCCCAACGCCCCUAUAGCAAAUCAGCAAGCUCAGUCUGCGACUUUAAGAUUGGCACAAAAACAAACUGGAGCAAGGAGGUCUGUUUAUUAAUUGCCACGAUGAACUGCCCCCACUUAAAAAAACAAAAACAAACAAACCCCAGACACAACUCAGAAAGCUGCUUAUCCUGGAGAGGAGAGACAGCGCGUGUGGAAUUAUGAAUGGACUGGGAGCACAUUGUCUGGCUGUCCUGAGUGCGCUACUGCGGGCGCUCAGCAGAGGCUGCUGUUCUCCCACUGACAAAAUUGGUGAAAGUUGUUCCAUUUUUCUUCUCAGACCUCCUGGAACCCCCAAUCACCCCAAUUAGACUGCCUCCCGUUUGGGGUGGCGGUGACUCUGGUCUUCCUGUUGGGCCAGAUGGGCCAAAGUCAGGAAUUGAGGCAGAAAUCAAUUCUUCUUCUUCCCGUGCCCUCUUGCUCUCAACUGGUGCCCUCAAACCUGGACUAACAAGCGAUGCCUAGCAGUCCCCCCCGUCCAGUGGACCACAAAAAUGCAACAAAAUACAAUCGCAACAGACUCAAAAGAUAUUCCUCAUACAGUUUUGUAGCUGCAGUUUUACAACUGCUUUUGUUCUGGAGUUACACUGUGAAUGGAGCCAUCACAGGGUCAAAAUGAUUCAGACAGCGACAGUAUUCAGCUGGAACUCUGUUAAAAACUCGGACAUUUUUCCACACUGCUUUCUGUAUGAAAUUCAAAAAAAGGACAGAUCAGGAAACAGACCAUAUUCUUGCAAAGCACAGCUCACAUUCCUGGAAUUUACAAGGAUUUCUUACAUUCUGUGCUCAUGUUUCUGGGAAGUGAUGUUCAUCAUGGACAAAAACUGGCAAACAAGUGCAAGUCAAAAGUGGCAAAAAAAAAAAAAAAACUGAGGCCAUCCGUGAUUUACUGAUAUGAAACUGUGAUACAAAUCAAAGACUGUUAGCCAUAUGCCUUUGUAAGCUCUGUGUGCUCUAUUGCUAAUACGUGAAACACACAUACGUACGUGUGCUGGUUUGCUGCUAUUCCCUCGACGUCUACACGGAGAACAACACAAAGGCAUUCACGUACACGCAAACAGACACACAAACAUGCACAUAUAUGUAUACACGUGCCUGUGGAUGGCUCUCUUCUAUCCCACUGUUCUCUAGUGUUUCCUGGGAUGGUAGAAUGUUGUCAAGGGGAAGGCUGUGUAUGCCGGUAUUUGUUCUGUGUUAUUUUGUGCUGUCUUAAACAUGACCCAUAUAAAGAGAU